AUGCUUAGAGACAACAAGCUUCCACCGUCAGCCAAGGGUAUAAUUGUCCCUACACCUCAAACCUCACGGUUCUACCUGCUUCCUAAGAUCCACAAAGCAGGCAACCCUGGCAGACCAAUUGUUUCCGCGUGUUGUUGUCCCACCGAAAAUAUAGCUUCCUACUUNGAAAUGCUUAGAGACAACAAGCUUCCACCGUCAGCCAAGGGUAUAAUUGUCCCUACACCUCAAACCUCACGGUUCUACCUGCUUCCUAAGAUCCACAAAGCAGGCAACCCUGGCAGACCAAUUGUUUCCGCGUGUUGUUGUCCCACCGAAAAUAUAGCUUCCUACUUGGAUCAGAUUUUGUGCCCCCUUGUGCGCAAUCUUGGGACCUAUGUAAAGGAUACCAACCACGCCCUUCGAAUCUUUAAUGAUUUCCAUUUUGACAACACAACAACUGGCGAACGCUUCCUCUACACUAUGGACAUAAAAUCAUUAUAUACCGUUAUCCCCUACAACAGUGGCCUUGAAGCGUUAGCCUAUUUCCUAAACAAGCGUCCAGUUCUCGACCCACUUACAAGCACACUCACCCGUCUUGCUGAACUUGUGCUGACCCUCAAUGCCUUUACCUUUAACGGAGAUUUUUGCCAGCAAAUCGGGGGGAUCGCCAUGGGCAGUAAGAUUGGCCCAAACUAUGCAUGUCUUUUUGUUGGAUACGUUGAGGAGCGGAUAGUAAGCUAG